AUGGUCGCCAAAUGAGGUGGAGACACCAUGCAAACACAAUUUUUCAUGCACUCCUCCAUUUGCCUAUAAAUUGAUCCACUCCUUCAACAAUUCUUCCACACCAACAUUCUCACUACUUCAUCUACAUUUCUCACUACUUCAUCUACAUUACUUCUUUUACAACUUCAUCUUCAACAAAAUCUUCCAUUUUCAUCUACACCAACUCCCCAACAAUAUGUCUUUACUCACAAUGGGCGAAGCACACAGAGGAACAGUUGCAAACAUCGCGACAUACGAGGUCUCAAGGUUUCGAACUCGAGUCCACGAAUUUGUCCCAAUGGACCCGAUGAUUCAACCUUAUGUUGAACUCGCCGGUUUUGGUCACCUUAGCAAAAUUAUGUCUUGGUCUAUAGAUAACAUGUUCAUUCUAGCCUUAUGCGAAAGAUGGAGGCCAGAGACACACACAUUUUGGUUUCCAACCGGUGAGUGUACCGUGACGUUAGAAUACGUCUACAUGCUUUUAGGACUACGAAUUGAAGGCAAAGCUGUUAAUGGUAAGACCAAAUAUGCAAAUUCAAUUUGCAUGGAGCUUUUAAACACUGAUUUGUUAGAUGAUAAUGCUAGGGGACAAGGUAUACUACUUUCACGCCUAAAGUCAUAUUAUAAUAGUUUUUAUUUAGAUGAGCAUUCUACCGAAGAUGCUCGAAUCAUCAAAACUAGGUGUUACAUUAUGUUGUUACUAGGAUCCUUUUUAUUUCCCGAAGGUAGUGGUUCUAGCAUGCAUAUUAUGUACUUACCUUUAUUUAGACAUAUAGAUAGAAUAGGUAGUUAUAGUUGGGGAUCCGCAUGUCUAGCCUAUCUCUAUAGUUCUUUGUGCAAAAACUCCCACAAAGAUACUUCUACAUUUCCUGGAUGUGCUGUUUUGCUACAAGCAUGGGGAUGGUCAAGACUACCGUCUCUAGCACCGGUCAAUAGCAACCCCUUCACUUUUCCAUAUGCAAAAAAGUAAGUUGUUUAAAUUGCUAUAUCUUUACUUCCUUCCUUACAGUUUAUUACCCAUAACUAAUUUAUUUUAACUUUUUGGUGUAGAUGGUCG